AUGAGUAAGAGCCACGCUCUGAAGCGCCCGGGAAGAGUAGCCUACGAUGUUGGUGUGAUAACGGUGUUUUGGGAGAAAAAAAUUGAGCUGCACGCAAAACACCUGCAGAGUGAGGCCACGAGGACCUGCAGCAGCGCCCUGGACAGGCUCCGCGGCGAGUGGGCUCGGAUGCUGGAGGGGAGGAACAAGGCGCCACAGGGCCCCCCGGAGGUGACCUUCCCCACGCAGGACAGCACCACCGCCUGA